CGGACUCGCGCCUCCGCUCCGUAGUUCGGGGCCCGGCAGCGGCGCCAGGGCUGGGAACUGCGCGGCGGGGACUGCGGGCGACUCCGGCAUCGGCGCUGGCGGCAGCGGUAGCCGCGCCGUGGGAAGCUAUGGGGACGCGCCCUUUCUCGGGGUGCCCAUUCAGCGGCGGCUCGGAGCUCCCUGCCCCGCUGCUUUAGGAAGCGAUCGUGGAGCAGAGUCACUUUCCGAAGACUCCCGAGACCCAUUCGACUCGGGCCCCUCAUCGCCGACCCUUUCCCGGGCUCCCGGAGCGUGAAGAAGAGCCGUCAUCCGGAGCGCGGCGAGGAGCAUGGGGAGAGCGGCGGCCACCGGAGGCGGCGGCGGAGGGGCGCGCCGCUGGCUCCCGUGGCUGGGGCUGUGCUUCUGGGCGACAGGGGCUGCGGCUGCCCGAGGAACUGACAAUGGCGAAGCCCUUCCCGAGUCCAUCCCAUCAGCUCCUGGGACACUGCCUCAUUUCAUAGAGGAGCCAGAUGAUGCUUAUAUUAUCAAGAGCAACCCUAUUGCACUCAGGUGCAAAGCGAGGCCAGCCAUGCAGAUAUUCUUCAAAUGCAAUGGCGAGUGGGUCCAUCAGAACGAGCACGUCUCUGAAGAGAGUCUGGAUGAGAGCUCAGGUUUGAAGGUCCGCGAAGUGUUCAUCAACGUUACCAGGCAACAGGUGGAGGACUUCCAUGGGCCCGAGGACUAUUGGUGCCAGUGUGUGGCGUGGAGCCACCUGGGUACCUCCAAGAGCAGGAAGGCCUCUGUGCGCAUCGCCUAUUUACGGAAAAACUUUGAACAAGACCCACAAGGAAGGGAGGUUCCCAUUGAAGGUAUGAUUGUGCUGCACUGCCGCCCGCCAGAGGGAGUCCCUGCUGCCGAGGUGGAAUGGCUGAAAAAUGAAGAGCCCAUUGACUCUGAACAAGACGAGAACAUUGACACCAGGGCUGACCAUAACCUAAUCAUCAGGCAGGCACGGCUCUCAGACUCAGGAAAUUACACCUGCAUGGCAGCCAACAUCGUGGCUAAGAGGAGAAGCCUGUCAGCCACUGUGGUGGUCUACGUGAAUGGAGGCUGGUCUUCCUGGACAGAGUGGUCAGCCUGCAAUGUUCGCUGUGGUAGAGGAUGGCAGAAACGUUCCCGGACCUGCACCAACCCAGCUCCUCUCAAUGGUGGGGCCUUUUGUGAGGGAAUGUCAGUGCAGAAAAUAACCUGCACUUCUCUUUGUCCUGUGGAUGGGAGCUGGGAAGUGUGGAGCGAAUGGUCCGUCUGCAGUCCAGAGUGUGAACAUAUGCGGAUCCGGGAGUGCACAGCACCACCCCCGAGAAAUGGGGGCAAAUUCUGUGAAGGUCUAAGCCAGGAAUCCGAAAACUGCACAGAUGGUCUUUGCAUCCUAGAUAAAAAACCUCUUCAUGAAAUAAAACCCCAAAGCAUUGAGAAUGCCAGCGACAUUGCUUUGUACUCGGGCUUGGGCGCUGCCGUCGUGGCCGUUGCAGUCCUGGUCAUUGGUGUCACCCUUUAUAGACGGAGCCAGAGUGACUAUGGCGUGGACGUCAUUGACUCUUCUGCAUUGACAGGUGGCUUCCAGACCUUCAACUUCAAAACAGUCCGUCAAGGUAACUCCCUGCUCCUGAAUUCCGCCAUGCAGCCAGAUCUGACAGUGAGCCGGACAUACAGCGGACCCAUCUGUCUGCAGGACCCUCUGGACAAGGAGCUCAUGACAGAGUCCUCACUCUUUAACCCUUUGUCGGACAUCAAAGUCAAAGUCCAGAGCUCAUUCAUGGUUUCCCUAGGAGUGUCUGAGAGAGCUGAGUACCACGGCAAGAAUCAUUCCAGGACUUUUCCCCAUGGAAACAACCACAGCUUUAGUACAAUGCAUCCCAGAAACAAAACGCCCUACAUCCAAAAUCUGUCAUCACUCCCCACAAGGACAGAACUGAGGACAACUGGUGUCUUUGGCCAUUUAGGGGGGCGCUUAGUAAUGCCAAAUACAGGGGUGAGCUUACUCAUACCACACGGUGCCAUCCCAGAGGAGAAUUCUUGGGAGAUUUACAUGUCCAUCAACCAAGGUGAACCCAGUCUCCAGUCAGAUGGCUCUGAGGUGCUCCUGAGUCCUGAAGUCACCUGUGGUCCUCCAGACAUGAUCGUCACCACUCCCUUUGCAUUGACCAUCCCACACUGUGCAGAUGUCAGUUCUGAGCACUGGAAUAUCCAUUUAAAGAAGAGGACACAGCAGGGCAAAUGGGAGGAAGUGAUGUCAGUGGAAGACGAAUCCACAUCCUGUUACUGCCUUUUGGACCCCUUUGCGUGUCAUGUGCUCCUAGACAGCUUUGGGACCUAUGCGCUCACUGGAGAGCCAAUCACAGACUGUGCCGUGAAGCAACUGAAGGUGGCGGUUUUUGGCUGCAUGUCCUGUAACUCCCUGGAUUACAACUUGAGAGUUUACUGUGUGGACAAUACCCCUUGUGCAUUUCAGGAAGUGGUUUCAGACGAAAGCCAUCAAGGUGGACAGCUCCUGGAAGAACCAAAGUUGCUGCAUUUCAAAGGGAAUACCUUUAGUCUUCAGAUCUCUGUCCUUGAUAUUCCCCCAUUCCUCUGGAGAAUUAAACCAUUCACUGCCUGCCAGGAAGUCCCGUUCUCCCGCGUGUGGUGCAGUAACCGGCAGCCCCUGCACUGUGCCUUCUCCCUGGAGCGUUACACGCCCACCACCACCCAGCUGUCCUGCAAAAUCUGCAUUCGGCAGCUCAAAGGCCAUGAACAGAUCCUCCAAGUGCAGACAUCAAUCCUAGAGAGUGAACGAGAAACCAUCACUUUCUUCGCACAAGAGGACAGCACUUUCCCUGCACAGACUGGCCCCAAAGCCUUCAAAAUUCCCUACUCCAUCAGACAGCGGAUUUGUGCCACAUUUGAUACCCCCAAUGCCAAAGGCAAGGACUGGCAGAUGUUAGCACAGAAAAACAGCAUCAACAGGAAUUUAUCUUAUUUCGCUACACAAAGUAGCCCAUCUGCUGUCAUUUUGAACCUGUGGGAAGCUCGUCAUCAGCAUGAUGGUGAUCUUGACUCCCUGGCCUGUGCCCUUGAAGAGAUUGGCAGGACACACACGAAACUCUCAAACAUUUCAGAAUCCCAGCUUGAUGAAGCCGACUUCAACUACAGCAGGCAAAAUGGACUCUAGUCCACUUCCUCCCAUGAGACAGAGUGAUGGCCAGCUUGGGGACAUUUGCUUUAAAUGGGAAAGAGGCCGCUUUCUGCCCAGUGGUGUUGGGGGAAUUCAGCCUUCAUUUAUAAUCAGUGAGAUUCCCCUGCUGAAGAAACUAAAUUUUAUAUAGGUAAAACAUGUUAAUAGGGAAAAGUACAAGUUCUCUUACAUAUAAGAGGGCUCUACCAUCUCCUUGGAAUCCACAUUUGGGUUAACUCUUCAGAUUUAGAGUGGCAAGGAAAAAAGUGAGAGCAGAAGUAGCUGCGGGAAAAGAUGAGCUAUGAUAAUGCUGGGAAGGCAGAGAUUGAUUAAGUGCAUGUUUUGAAAUAGGUUUUUAAUGAUGUGCCCCAAAGGGCCAGCUGAUUCUGGUACUAGAUUGUCAGAGUUUUCUACCAACUGGCAUCUGUGAUGUCAGAAAUCAUUGUAAAACUGGCUUUUAGAUGUGAAACAGGGUUGCCAACCCAUUUGUAUGACUUCAACAACGUCAAGGAGGCCAUUUAGAAUUUAGAAUCUGAGCACAUCACACCAGCACCAACUCCCUGUCUCUUCUAGCCACUUAAUGGAGACAAAAUGGAGAGUUAAGACAGACCACAAACUAGUUCUUUUAGUGUACUCCACCCUUUUACUUUUUUCCUGAGACAAAUCUACCCUUAUUCUUUCUUCCUCUUCCUUACCCCUUGCAGUAGAGAGGUAUCAAGGAGCAUAAUUAAACUUGUCAAUAUCGAAAGUUGUUUUUUCUAACACAACAAAGUGGGACCAUCUCUAUUCCCAUCUAAGCCACUCAAAUUGCUGAGUCCUAUCAGAACACAGCUUAUUACAUGGAUAUGGGGACAGGAGAGAUUAAAGCAGCUUCAAAAACACAUGAACUGCAGAUGUCAUAGGCCUCAAAUCAGCUAUAAUUCUAGGAAGCAUGUGUUGAUCUAGUUCUCUAACAUUGUUGUUAUAAGAAAAUGAGUUUUACUGCAUUUUUCAAUCCAGAUGCUUGAAAUUGUCUAACAUGUGGGUACUAUGUCAUCACAAAAUCUCUUAGUAAGGUUAUAUGUGAUCCUCAUUUUGCCUCUUGGGAAAUUAGCAGAUAGUCUUUGCUCUAAAUGAUAUCUGAAUAAAUAGACUUGAGGAAUACCUCUACCACAGUGUCCCUGAAACCACAUGCAUCAUUCAGGGAGCCUUCAUGCUGUGACUAUUCAGCCUCCCUGAAUAUGCUUUCUCUAUAGAACCAUUAACAUAUGUCUAUUGCUCUAUGAUUUUUUUUUACAUUAGAAGGCAGUGAUGUUGUGGAAGAUUGAAAUCCACAGAUAAUUCAUGACCCUCAUCACUUUACUCCAUCUUUUUAUCCUAUUAAAUCAUUUUUGACAAGAUGUCCUGGUAGACUAAAGAUGAACAGAUUUGCUCUUGCUCAUCUUCUGGUGGAUAUUUUAACUUGCUGUUCACAAUCAGGACAACCAAAGUCAAGGACCCAGAUGAACCACAAGGCAGCUAGUCAGCUACUUAGAGGUUGGUUACAUUCGAAUAAAAAGUAGUCAGGGAACGGGGGAGGUGGGGAGUUGGGGAGUACUUGGCAGUUGGGAUAUGAUCAAUUUUUUUAAACAACGUUUUUGUAGAUCCCUUGUAAAAUAAUAAUAAUAAUAAUAAUAAUAAUAAUAAUAAUGUUGUGAAUCUCCAUGCCAAGUGAAAAAGGCCUAAAGAUGAGUUGAAUUUGUGAUACCAUGGGUAAGGCAUGGAAGAACUCUUGAAUGUGUUGGCCAUUUUCUCUAACUAAUGUGUGGUAUAUAUGGUCCCCUAUAUUAGACAGAAGGCUUUGCUACAUGUAAUUCAAAAGCAUCUCGCUUUUCUCAGGAACCAAAGGCUUAUGAUGUAGAACAAAGAAAUCAUCUUAGAACUGUCAAGCAUAUUUUCACAAUACCAUGUCAAGAUCAGGAAAACACCCUUUUGCUAGUGUGCUUAACUUAUUUAUUUCUUCUAGGAAACAACAGAUAAACAGCAUGAACAUGUAAAUCAUCUGGCAUCACUGAUUGAUAGAAUUUCUGAAAGAGAAAGAGAAGUAGAUGGUCAACCAGUCACAAGUUGGUUGGCAUGAGGCGGUGUGCAGAGGAAAUCUGCAUUCACUAUUGAGUAAAAACUUGGAGAAGGCACAUUAUAGAGCUUAUGUUAGACUCCAUCUUGGAGGAUUUUUGUUUUAAACUGUCCUUAGCAUUUUCCCUCUUCCCUUCUAAUAGGCAUUAUAAUUGUUUCAUCUACUCUGUGAAUCUACAUAGGUCUUUUUUUUUUUUAGAUGUUUGAUACAUUUUAAGUAUUUUUAAAUAGAUGAAAAUUCUAAAUGAUUUUCCCUCAAAUCUAUCUAGAUUAUUUUAAGAUGAGACAAGAUUAUUGUCAAUCCCUAAAUGUCUGGAGUUACCUCCCAUGGAUUUUUUUUUCCUUUGGCCUGGGUUUUAUAAACACACUUGAACAUCAUAUCAUAUAGGAUAACAAAAGAAGAAGUUAACAGAAUUCACCUCAGACUUCAGCCUAAGAUUCAAUCAAAUUCAUCCUUCAGCCCAUUUUGUUUCUUCUUUAUGUUUCUCUUUUAUUUAUUUCUGCUAGGAUCCUACAUAGGAUUUCUAUAGAAAUGUAUGAAAUUCUGUGGUCACUGCAUGUCAGGAUUGCACAGUAUGUUACAAUACAAUUUCAAAGAGAACCCACAUUUGUGAGAUUUACAGACCAAGGUGUGGGGGAGGAGGUAGAAUUGCAGAUCAGAUAAAAAGUGAGCUUACACUUCAACUUAGUUAUUCACUGUGACCUAAAUUUAGUCCUAUUGUAAUAUGUGCCUGUCACAACACAAACGCCCCUCUUGAAAGAGAUUUACUCAUCUAUCCAAGUACUUAAUUUGGAAAUUUUAUUGUCCUAUUGCAAAAUGAAACAAAAUUAAAAGUGGCCUCAAGUACUUGGUAAGUUAAAAUUUUUACAAAAAUAUCCCACUCAAUGCCAAAUCUUUCAGUCCUCAAAGGCAUUUAAGUCUAAUAGUCAUGCUUUAAAUAUGGUUUUAAAUUAUGCCACCAAAAUGGUGCACUUCACAGAUUCACCAGACUCUAGCAUCAUAAAGUUAAUUUACAGUUUUUACAACAUUGCUUGUACAUUCUUACUAGUUUACAUUAAAAUCCUUUAAGCCAAAAGGAAGCUUGCUCUAUGGAUUUAAAUGCAAACUUCAUCUACCAGUGCAGGAAGUCUCAUAAAACUCAGAUGUACUCCCACAAAAAUUUUAUUGGCCUUUUUGUAAGAGAUGAAAAAGAAUUGACACAGUUCUCUUUAAAGAGAAGAACUUUUUUAUUAUUAUUUUUAUCUCCAACUGCAGGUGGUGUCUUUUGCCGAGAUCUCUAUAUUUUUCUUUCAGUUGUCUUUGGGAGGGGAUAUUAAGUCAAAUCACUAAAACAGGGUUCUCUUUGGAUUAAAAGUUCUGGAUUUAUUGCAACUAUUUUCCUUGAGAAACAUUCUCAGCAUCAGGAUUGAUAAACAAUGUAGAUGAUUAAAAUAGGAUAAUUGUUUUUAGAUAGUAUUUUCUACUUGCCAAACUUCUGGCAAAUUUACCUGUGAAUUUCAAAAUGUUAUGAAAUCUCUUGAUAUGCUUUUGUUUUUCCUUUUAGCCAUUUUCUCUUCAAUUUCUUAGUCCCUCUGUCCUCUGUAAAUGUGUUGAGUGAUAUAGCUAUCCGAUGUAUUGAAGGCAAAGUUCUCACAGAGGUCUUUGUUCCAGCUCUGUAAAGGUCACAGGAGUCGUGAAGGAGCUGAGAAAUCUUCCUCUCCGGCCCACUGUCUGUGGCCCAUUGUCAUUGUUUCCUCAUGAAACAUUGCAAAGUUUGAAUCCUCAGUAACUCUCAUUGAAUGGAUUAGAGGUGAUGGCCACAGCAAAUGGGAGAGCAAAAUGUUGGCCUACAGAGAAUGACACAAUUUUAUUCGCCUUUGGUGUUAGUUGACAUAGCGCUGUAUUUGAAAAUCAAUGCUUUAGCCAAAAGCUGAAUGACCGCCGUUUCCGUAGUUUCCACUGUUUUGUCUGCAUAGAAUUUUCCUGAACUACAAGCAAAAAUGUAUUUUGUCCAAUGUCACAAAAGUGAAAAUGUUACUAAUCUUAGACGUGUUGCAUAUUUUGUGUUUUUACGUUCCAAACUCUUUCAAAAGCUGCCGUUACAAAGCUGUUUGGCUGUAUUGACAGCAUGUGGUGUUUUUGCAAAAGCAAUUCUAGGAGAGCCAGUGUCUACCAUGAACUCCUCACAUCCCCACUCCAGGGUCAUUCACGACAUCGAAAUGGCAACUUGUACACUGUAAUUCUUCAAAAAGUAACAGGGGAUGGAAAUCAGACCUGGCCGUUAGUCACUAGUGUGUAGUACUGUGAUCUGAAGUAGGAAAUUUAACUCACAUAGAAUAAUUGUGGUUUUUGAAGCAGCUACUCAUUGCUUUUUCCUUUUGCUGUGAAGAUCAUGGAUUGGGAAUGUCCCCGUGAGGUGGACCUAAGGCAGUAACAUUUAAACUUCAUGUCCUAGCACCCGCCCUCCAUCUGACCCAAAGAUAAAAAAGGCAUUAAGCUUCAUGGGUAUGCCUAAGCUUAAAAAUUCCCUUCCCCACUAAUAUUGAGAUCAGCAGGGCUCCGUCUUACUUAUUUUUCAAAAAGUCAUAGCUUUGAAUUAUAGACUAUAUUACUAAAUUUGGUAAGGUAGUUCUUUACAUGAAUGGGAAUGCGCGUCAAAAUACUUUCACAAAAGGCAUGAUUACAAUGGAAAUGCCCUUUUGCCUCCAGUUUUGCUAACCCUAAAAAAGUAUUUCACUAAUUUCAAGCACUGUUUACACUCAAAUCCCAAAAAAUUGGCCAAAUUAUAUAAUUCUCUUAAAUUUUCCUAUCUGUAGGUGGAGAUUUAACUAUGGUUCUGGUGAAUCAUAGAAGGGAGAGACAAUAUUUGAGGGGAGUUUGUCAGCAGAAUAUCAUGCCUUAUGAUCCCAUUACUGAAACACAGACAUUACAAUCAGAAAUAGACCUAAUAAUUCCAAUAUCCCUCCAUUAGCUAGUUCCAAUGACGCUGAGAGACAGAGCACCCUGUGCCAGGUAUCAGGAAUAUAAGCUUCAGCAGAGGGUAACUGAAAACUUUCAAUCAGAAACACUCUCCAAGGCUUAUGCCUAAAUUAUGUAGGUCACUAGCAUUCAAAACUUUUCUAUACAAAGGUGGAAAAGCACUCAGAAUCUGGGAAUUUUCUGGUUGGAAGAACAAUGUUCUCCUUUUCCAAAUUGGAAUAAAGACUCAGAAUUACCCAUUCUUCAUAAUCAUGUCUGAUGGGUACAUGCACUCCAGGAAGUCUCAACCUAGAAACAUUUCCAACCUAAGCAUUUAAAGGAAAACUGGCUCAUUCUUCUGACCCAAACUCAAAAAAUAUGAGUACUUGCGUACCUCCAUUUCUGCAUGGAAGAUUUUAAAACAGAUUUCACUUUUUUCUGUUUAUUUUGGGAAGGUGCGUGGGGGUGUUCUUUCAAGUGAUUCAUAUCUCAAACCCAUACCACUCUCAACUUUUAUUUGAUGUGUUCAAAGCCAAAAAAUAAAAUAAAGCAGGGCUGAACACUUAAUUUGACAUGAAGCUGAAGGACUGAGCAAGCCAGAGGAGAGAGGUUGAAUGAAGCAUAGCCUUGGCUUCAUACCACACUUUUUGUGCCUUGUAUUAUCAAUGUAAAUUCUGAAUGUUGUACAGUAAAUACUUGGAUGGACUUCUUAGAAAAGGCUGCACUGGCUUCUUUUUCAGCACAUGUACAUAUCUAUAAAUAUAUAUACAUAUAUAUUUGGUAAUGCCAAACAGCUGUGUUAUAUUGUAUUGAACAAAAUGGACGGUUUGGAUGUUUUAUGUCGAGUUUGCAAAAAAAAAAAAAAAACUGGAUGGUUACAGACUUUUCAAGAUAAAUGUACAGACAUAAAUUACUGCAUAUCAGUUAUUUAUGAAUAAAGAGUCUUUUAUUGACAUUUUAGGAUA